AUGGCACCCUUCGGGUUUGGGGACCCCAAGAGGGUUUCGAUAUCUCGGCACGCCCUAGUACGCGUCGUUGACGGCUCGGACAUAAUGUGUAUCGUACUGGAGUUCUGUGAACCGACGUGGUGCGCCUAUGGUGACUCCUGGAAGAGGGCAUCUUGUCCUGGCGUUGCCUCGAACGUGACUGGCUGUCUUGGCCAAGGAACCGUUCCUUCCCAAUCCCAGCCGGAUGCGUGGAACGAUUGGCAAGGCUUGAACGAGCGAACACUCCCGAGAGAGGGCACACAGGUGACACAUGCCACCUGUGAUCGAGAUCUUCGGUUUCGUGUUAAGCCUUGGAAAGCGAUGGCUCUCGGAUGGAAGUCAUUCACUAGAGGGAGGAAAUCAGUUGGUCAGGCAAGGCGGAGGAGAUGUCAACAACGUAUCGUUUUGCAAGGUUAG